UUUUCACGAUUAAAAAAAAUAAUUUUGUUCUCUAUUUUAAUAUUUUAGUAUUAAAAUUUGUGUUUGGUAAUUUAAAUUGCUAUUUUGGAUGUUUGAUAAGAUUGCUUAAAAUAAUUUUAUUUUUACUGUUAAUUGUUGAAUAGACUAUUCAAUUCUUUUUUAGAUAGAAAAUUUUUAAUUAGAGCAUUUUAUUGUUUAAUCUUGAAAAACGUUUAGUAUAUGUCUCUUACCAAUUCUUUAAAAAAAUUGCAACGUAAGGAAGAGCUUGAGAAAGAGUUUGUGGAAAGCGGGGAAAGAGAUAGAGUUGAAGAAAUUGUUGUGAGACGUUUAGAAGAAACUGGAUGGACACAACAAGUGGAAGGAAUGUGUAGAGAUUAUAUAUCAAAAAAUGGAUGUGAACGAAUUGAAUUAAAAAAGAUGGUAGACGAAUUAAAAGAUAAUUCAAGAAAAAUUGUUCCAGAUGAAGUUAAACGUGAAUUGAUGAAACUUAUUCAAGACUUUGUGAACAGUAAAACAGGGGAGGAAGGUGGAGGUGAUUAAAAUGUAAAAUUUUUUUGAAUUAUCCUUUUGAUAGUUUUUUUGCAAGAAAAAUGUAUAUUUU